AUGAUAAUCCAAGUUUCAUCCCUUCUGCCCAUUGUGGCUCUCCUCUUUGCCACGGUCAGGCCUGUUGCCGCCAACGCUGAAAAGGCCAUCUUCAUAGCCCCGGACACCGUCAACAUCCCCCUGCGGAAGCCUUCCCUUGACGAUCUCAACCUCCAUGUCUUGACUCCCAGCACCUGGUCAAUUAGAGCCAACCUAACCCGAGUCUUCCCCACAGAGUCUGGGGAUGCUUCUGCUCGGGCGUUCACGUGGUUGCUGCUGGACGGGCUCACUCCCGGCCAGCGCUACGAGUUUCGUGUUUGCUGGGCUGCCAUUCAACCCACUAAUUUCGCCAUGGACGUCUACGAAUUGGACGCCGUCUGGGAUACGCCGGAGCUCAUCCAGUCACUCGCAGAGUACGCCAGCUCACGUCAACCUAACUCUGAAGGUGGUCAAGAUCCGUCUCUAGAGGGCCAGCAGGAGCGGAAAUCUUCUGUUCUGUUGCUCCAAGUACGAGCAUUCGCCGAGUACUUCACCGACAAUGCAGCGCUCAUGAAGGACCCCCCUCCAGUUUUGGUCGAUCUCAUCCUGGACCCGUACUUGUACAAUGCUGUCCCCCGUUCUCUCCUCCCCACCAUUGGAUACCUCGUCCUCGUAGGACUAGUCGCUUGGUCUGUGGCUCGUUCCGUCGCCUCCAAGCUACAGUCUAUAGCUGUCACCGCCGAGACAUCGACAAAAAAGCGAAACUAG